AUGCGGAGCUUCCCUUCUGUCCCUUUUGUCCUCGUGCUGCUGCAACUGGCCCUCGUCACGGCCUUUGAAACGCCGUCCACAUGCGGCGCUGUUAGAGACGCCUUCCUGAGCGGCGCCUGCUGCACCGCCUCCGACGACAGCGCUGUGUCGGUCGAGGUCAUCGCUGUAAGCGGACCUCCUGCACCCCCCCUGAGCCCGCCUACGCCCGAAGCCCCAACCGCUGGCUUCGCCUCCUGCGCAAAUGUCGUGGUUGGUGGAGGCACGGGCGGCCUCUACACGGCCUACCGGAUGAUUUUCGACGCCGGCAUCAACGCCAGCGAGGUCUGCAUCUUUGAGGCUGACUCUGAAAUGUUCGGCAGAAUCAAGUCGCUGAGGGGCCUCGGCGACCAGAAGGAUCUCGUCGUCGACGGCAAGGUCAUCGUUGACUCGGAUGGCAACCGUAUCGGCUACGUCAAGUUCCUCGAGGUGAUGCUCGAGCAGCUCGUUGCAGCAGGAGUGCGAGUGACCACAGGCCAGCCUGUGACAUCCAUUGAGAGCGGUGUUGUGUCCUUUGCCACACGGCCGCCGAUUGCAGCGGAACUCGUGAUUCUCGCGGUCCCGCAGUACCCGCUCCUAGAAAUUCUUCGCGCCUCGCCAUCAUUCGGCGUGAGCGAGAGCGUCUACCGCGCCGUCCAUGCUGUUCAGCCAGUGCACGCUGUCAAGUUCUACCUGUACUACGAGGACGCAUGGUGGAUCACCUUGCUCAACCAGACCGAGGGCUCGUUCACGGCGCCGGGAAACGCCGUCUCCCCGCCGCUCGAGGGACGGUACCACGACGGCGAUGUCAAGUGCAACGCCGACAAGACAACCUGUCACGGAUUCUUGCAGACGCAGUACUUUUGGGACUUCACCGGCAACACGCAGAGCUACUUCGGCCGCUUCCAGAAGGAGCGAAGCGAGGUUGUGACCUACAUGAGCGAGUUGACCGACGGCGCUGUGGCCCUGGCGGACGUGCACGCAAAGGUGUGCGAGUACCACAACCUCGACCCGUCUCAAAUUGCGGCACCCACCGAGGGUGUGUUGGCGACUUGGAACAUGGCAUCGCCGUGGGCCAAUGCGGGCUGGCACUACUGGACAGACGCCAACCAGCUCCCGGUGCUCGAGAGCUUCCUCGUCGACCAGAACAUCCACCUGGUGAAUGAGGCCUUCUCACCCGUACCGUCGUGGGCGGAGGGCGCCAUCGUGCUCGCCGACCAGCUCUUGGAGGGCCUCUACGGCAUCACACCGCCGCAUGCUCCGCUCGAGUACUCGGCUCGCAGCUACGUCAGCGAGGACUGGGAUGACGCGCCGCAGUCUAUGGCGCGCAUGAUCUGCGAGAACACCUGCACGAAAGACGGGGAAGACAGGGGCCUUGCCUCGAUCUUCGCCUCCAACGGGAUGUGCUCCGACGGGGUUGACGGCUAUCAAGCGGUGUGCGAUCCCGGAACUGAUUGCGAUGAUUGCGGCGCGCGGCCCGCGAGCGGCGGCUCGGGAGGGGACGUAGCCGAGGACCCCGCGUGCUUCUUCGGGGACUCGCGCCUCCUCCUUGCCAACGGCAGUCGGAUUGCGCUCUCAAUGGCUGAGGUGGGCAUGCGUGUCGCCUCGCGCCUCGGCGUGGGUAGCAUCUCCCAGGUCCUCCGCCAUCCGGUCCACGCGACGGUGCGGCGGUUCCGGCUGCCGACCGAGCACGGACCCCUGUACGGCACGCUCGACCACCCGCUCCACCUCAACGGCUCAUGGAUCGAGGCCGGCGAGGCGCACCGCCGCGAUUUGCUGCCGGGCCUUGAGGUGGAUCGUGAGCCGGUGGACUACCUCUGGAACCUCGAGGUGGACGGCAAGGCCGAGGCGGGAGGCAGCGCGCAUGCUUACGACGUCAAUGGCCUGACCGCGUCUGGCUUGGGCGAUAGCGAGAGGCUCAAUCGCCUCUACCCCCGCCAGCAAGUCUUCAUCCAGGCGGCGUCAGCGACGCGCAAGGCGGCGCCGACGCCAUCCCCAUCCGCCAUGCUGCUCCCGGAUCGUGGCGCCGGCGCUGUGCCCUCGGGUGCAGACACACUCGGUCCUUCCCUUGGCGCCUCCAGCGCCAUCGGCCUACUCCCGUCGAACUGCCCAGUCUGGGACGCAAUGGCAGAGGGCUCGCAGACGUGCGGCGACAAGGUGCUGUGGUGGGCUGACGCAUACGGCUACGACAUGGAGCGUGCCGAGCUUGCGGUCUCGCGGCGCUUCCGCGCGUGCAAAGCGCGAGCCGUGCGACCCCGCGAGUGGCUGCGCAGACGGCCUCGAGUGCACCUGCGCGCCGAAAUUGCGGCGGAUGCCGCUCUUCGCUUCGGUUCCGAUUGCGUGCGUGUGCGCAUGAUGCGAUGA